AUGGGUAUCAAAGGGAUUCGCACGGCCCUGAAGGUCGAUCUAGAUAAGCCUGCCCAAGAGCAGCAGGGGCUUCACAACCGGUGGCACCCAGAUAUCCCUGCAUGCGGCAAGAUCGCCAACAACGAAGUCGUCAAGAUCGAAUGCCUUGACUGGACCGGCGGUCAAAUCAAGAAUAACGACUCAGCCGACGAUGUCAAGAAUGUUGAUCUGACGCAAAUCCACUAUCUCUCUGGUCCAUUCGACAUCGAGACGGCUGAGCCUGGCGACGUCCUGCUUGUAGAGAUCCAAGACGUCCAACCCUUCCAGGAGCAGCCUUGGGGAUUUACCGGAAUUUUCGAUCGCCACAAUGGAGGCGGCUUUCUGGACGAACUAUAUCCAAAAGCUGCCAAGGCAAUCUGGGACUUUGAAGGGAUCUUCUGUUCAUCUCGACAUAUCCCGCAUGUCCGCUUCGCUGGACUGAUCCACCCUGGUAUCCUGGGAUGUGCUCCUUCGGCAGAGGUUCUAGCAGAAUGGAACCGGCGCGAAGGCGAGCUGAUCGCCGCAAACACCGUCGCUGAGCGAAUCGUCGCGCAACCUCCCAAUCCGCAGAAUUCCCACGCUGGAAGCUCGCCAGAGGACAUCAAAGCGAGAGUCGCGAAGGAAGGCGCACGAACGAUCCCUGGGCGCCCCGAGCACGGCGGGAACUGCGACAUCAAGAACCUUUCCAGAGGCUCGAAGGUGUACCUGCCCGUCCACGUGCCCGGUGCAAAAUUCUCCGUCGGCGAUCUCCAUUUCUCGCAAGGAGACGGCGAGAUUUCAUUCUGCGGCGCCAUCGAGAUGGCAGGCGUCAUAACGCUGAAGUUUACCGUGAUCAAGAACGGCAUGGCGAAACUGAAUAUGAAGUCUCCGAUUUUCCACGCAGGCCCCGUCGAGCCGCAGUUCGGCCCUGGUCGGUACCUGACAUUCGAAGGCUUUUCGGUCGAUGAGACAGGGAAGCAGCAUUAUUUGGAUGCUACCGUCGCUUACCGGCAGACCUGCCUGCGGGUGAUCGAGUACCUGCGGCGAUAUGGGUAUAGUGAUUACCAGAUAUACCUACUCCUGAGCUGUGCGCCUGUCCAAGGGCAUAUAGCUGGAAAUUGUGGACAUUCCCAACGCGUGCACGACAUUGGGUGUUCCGAUGGAUAUCUUUGA